AUGAACACGGCACCUAUGGCCCUUUGCACGCUGUACCUCUUGCUGGCGGCUGCCAUGCCCCGCGGUGCCGAGUCGGGCCUCACGACGUCCAGCAUCGCCGCAGCGCUCAGCGGCCCACUGAGCCAAGGCGUGCAAGCUCGCAGCGUCAGCGGAACCAUCGAGAACAGCUUUCUGAACUCGGGCAUCUGCGAGCCGACCAAGGCCUUUUCGCUGGACCAGGUGGCUCGCGAGUUCAAGCAGUUCUAUACCGAGCUGGGCACCUGGCAGGGCAACAUGACCUGCUUCGCCGGCACCUCCACGACCCCAGUCAUGGUCGACGCGCACAUGUGGCUCAACACCACUGCCUCGCUGGGCCGCCUCUACUCGUGCUCGUCGCUCAACGGCGGCCCAGCUGUGUGCCGCACCUUUUACCCCCGCUUUGAUGGCAGCGGCCAAUACUGCACGAUCGAGGCCACCGAUCCGGCCAACUACGGCUACCCGCUUCUGAGGGUGGGUCAGGUGCUCAAUGCGCGCGUCUCGAUCGACACCACCUGGUCUGACACCGACGACCUGGAAUCCCACGGCAUCAACUACUACGAGCCCGGCAACAACGCCAUCUCGGGCCUCUACGCCACCUACGCCCCGCUUGAUGGAGGACGCCCCGCGUCAAUGAACUGCUUCUUUCGUCUGCUGCGCACCUGCCGGGGUCCUCUGUGCUUCACCGAGACGAUGAUCCAGUGA